AUGACCGCACCCAGGAUUGAAAGCCUAAACGAAAUUCGUGGACGUCGAAUGUGGACUAUGGACUUGUCAAAGCGGUCAAAGGCAAGAUUGACAAACUCGACAGUCAUGCUUGGCGAAAAUGCGGCUCUAGCAGCGACGAAAUACACCAUUACUCCCGAUGGCUGGGAACGAAGGGCUUGUUUCCACACACACACACACCCUCUUGUCGCCGUUUUUGCAUAA